UCAACCCCCCCCUCCCCCCCACCCACCCAUACCACCCUCACAUCAUCAACGACAACCCGCCCGUCAGGUCGCGAAUCAUGCGGCAGGGGGGCAGCUGGACAGCCGCCAAUAGUCGGAUGACCACUGAUGCAUCAGCGUCGGCGUUCAUCAUGAGCCUCAUCAUGGAGCCUCCACUGGCCAAUUUGGUCGCAACUCCUCUCGUUGAGGUUGACCGGUACACAUGACACACCACACUCAGACACACAGAUCCAUGCGAACAGGUAUCUGCUCUUUGUGUGGUUCUCUAGGCAUGCUCAUGGCGGUGUGCUGGACGGCCUCCUGAACCACUCGCCCCACCAGCCGCCCAACGGAUGCACAGCGGUCAUGGCGAGUGACCAUAGGCGCGACGGCAUGGAUCCCCCUAGUGAGUUGCGGGAUCUGCUGCUGACGUCGUUCGGCAUGCUAUUCGUCGCAUAUGUCGCUCUUGACAGCUCUGCCGACACGAACACAGGCAAGAAAGCGAUAAGAGGCCCUCUGUGCUGAUUGAGCCAUCCUUCCGGCGUGUGCUGUCCGCUGCCUGCAGUGAGUGUUAUUGUCUUCACCACUGAGCCACCUGUGGGUGGUGCAUCUGAUGCCUUCAAGGACCGCCGGCGCACUACCGCCCCUCUGGUGCGCGGCCUGCUGGGCAACGCCAUCGCAGACAUGGCGCUCAACCGAGGGGAAGUGGAGGAAGACGACGAGGGUGAGUGAGCAGCCGGCUUCCUCUGUCUCUGUGUGUCGGAUGAAUCCGUAUGUGUGUGUGUGUGUGUGUCGUGUACUGUGCAGAGGACGGCGCGGACGAUGGUGGUGACGACAACAGCGACAGCGAUGAGGGUGAGAGGUGGGGAUGUGUGUGGUUCGAUGGGCUCACCUGUAUGUCUGCGAUGUGUGUGUAUCUACGCAGAUAUGGAUAGCAAUGGCGAUAGCGAUGGCCAGCAAGAGCAGCCGGAGGAGGACGAUGAGGGUGAGCCAGAUCAGCAUGGCACUCACGCAAUCACUGUGUGCCUUAUGGAUGGAUGGACAUGGAUGUGUCAGAUGAGGGUGUGGAGGAGGGGGAGGCCAAGAGAAGGAGGACCACAGAGUGA